ACACCCAUUCUGUAUCUGGUCUCUUCACCAAGGCACUUUCUGUUUGCCGCCGCGCUUGCGAUUUAAGUUGUCUCCUCUCCUCCGCAGGUAUAUCCGGCUCACUCCCAGAACAUAAACUAACUUGACCCAUCUAUUUCUUCCUAUACAGACUAUGGGACAGAACCAGAGUACACCUCUCUCCCUUCUUCUGGCUAAUUUCAGGGAUGUCCAGACUAGAGGCCAAAACCUAAGCCUGGACAUCCGCCGGUCGAGACUUAUCACUUUCUGCCGGUCUGAGUGGCCCACUUUCGGGGUGGGCUGGCCUACCGAGGGCACUUUUUGUUUGCCUAUAGUUGCUAAGGUCAAGACCAAAACCCUCCUGCCAGGAAAGGAAGGCCACCCAGACCAGGCUCCCUAUAUCCUCGUCUGGCAGGAUCUUGUUGAAAACCCUCCACCCUGGAUGUCUCCCUUCCUUUCCUCAGGGUCCUGUAAGAUUCUCGCGGCCCGCUCCACUGACCCAACAAAGCCCAGCUGCCCCACCAGUCGCCCCGCUGGUUGCCCCCAAGGGGAACCAGGAGGACGGGAAGCAGCAGCUGCACCGGAGCCAAGGAGGCUAGGGGCAGCAGCCGAGCCAAGCCCUAUUGAAAAUGAAACCAACCGCGAAGGGCCAGCCUGCCGAACUCGUGGGCGCACCCAGCAUGAGCCAAGCUCUCGCCUCCCCGACUCCACUGUGGCCCUACCCCUGCGGGAAAUAGGACCCCCCGAUGAAACGGGCAACCCCCGACUCCAGUACUGGCCCUUCUCCACCAGUGACCUUUAUAAUUGGAAAACCCAAAAUGCUCGGUUUUCUGAUAACCCUAGAGAUCUUAUAGCCCUCCUAGAGAGCAUAAUGUUCACCCACCAGCCUACCUGGGAUGACUGCCAACAGCUUUUGCGAAUCCUGUUCACCACGGAAGAAAGGGAGAGAAUUCAACUUGAAGCGUGGAAGCUGGUCCCCCGGGAAGAUGGUUGACCCACUGUUAACCCUGACCUCAUUAAUGCAGCGUUUCCCCUGACUCAGCCUAAUUGGGACUACAACGCGGCAGAAGGUAGGGGACGACUGCUCAUUUAUCGCCAGACUCUAAUGGCGGGUGUCCGGGCUGCAGCACGCAAGCCCACCGAUUUGGCCAAGGUGUACUCGGUAGUACAAGGUAAGACAGAGAGCCCUGCCACCUUUUUAGAAAGAUUAAUGGAAGCCUUUAGGCAGUAUACCCCCAUGGACCCCGAGGCCCCCGAAAAUCAGGCCGCUGUUGUAAUGUCUUUUGUAAACCAGGCUGCCUAUGACAUCAAAAAGAAACUCCAAAAAUUAGAGGAUUUAGAAGGAAAAUAGAUCCAGGACUUACUCUGCAUUGCUCAGCGGGUAUAUAAUAAUCAGGACGCUCCAGAGGAUAAACAGCUCAAAGCCACCAGGGAAAUGACUAAAGUCUUAGCCACCAUAGUUCAGAAAAAUCAAGGGCCCACAGGAGAACAGAAAACUUGCCCCCCUAGGCGCCCCCUAGACAAAGACCAAUGUGCCUACUGUAAAGAAAAAGGACGUUGGAUUCGUGACUGUCCCAAAAAGAAACAACUGUGCUCGGGAUCAGAGCCAUGGCAAACCAAAGUGGCCCCCAUCCUAUUUACCCAAGACUCAGAAUAGGGAUGACGGGGUUCGGACCCCCUCCCCGAGCCCAGGGUAAUCCUACAAGUGGAGGGGACCCCUGUGCAAUUCCUCAUGGACACAGGAGCUCAGCAUUCAGUACUCACUAGCCCUCAUGGAAAAAUCUCUGAUAAGUCCUCCUGGGUCCAGGGAGUUACAGGAACUAAAAAAUAUCCUUGGACCACCCAAUGAACCGUGGAUCUAGGGACAGGAAGGGUAACCCAUUCCUUUUUGGUUAUCCCGGAUAGUCCCUGCCCCUUGCUGGGAAGAGAUCUCCUCAUGAAAAUGGGAGCUCAGAUUCACUUUCAGCCCGAAGGGCCUAAAGUAACUGACUCCCAGGACCAGCCUAUCUCGGUCCUCACCAUACAACUGGAAGAUGAAUAUCGGCUUCACCAAACUCCACCCUUCCCAGAACAGGAUAUUGACUACUGGCUCCACUGGUGUCCCGAAGCCUGGGCAGAAACCAGGGGAAUAGGGCUAGCGAAACAUCGUCCCGCUCUAUUCAUAGAAGUUAAGCCAGGGGCCGACCCCGUGAGGGUCAAGCAGUACCCCAUGUCAGCAGACGCCAGGCUGGGCAUCACCCCACACAUCCGCCGUCUCCUUGACGUCGGAAUCCUUAGACCAUGCCAUUCGGCGUGGAAUACCCCUUUGUUGCCUGUGCGCAAGCCUAACAGUGGAGAUUACCGGCCAGUGCAAGACCUAAGAGAGGUCAACAAACGGGUUAUGGACAUUCACUCUACCGUGCCCAACCCUUAUACUCUUCUCAGUACCCUCAGCCCAGACAAACAAUGGUACACUGUCCUUGAUUUAAAAGAUGCCUUUUUCAGCCUGCCUUUGGCCCCCAAGAGCCAAGACAUCUUUGCAUUCGAAUGGGCGGAUCCGGAAAGAGGCAUAAAUGGACAACUCACCUGGACCCGACUUCCACAAGGAUUUAAAAAUUCCCCUACCCUAUUUGAUGAAGCCCUCCACGAAGAUUUAAGUAAGUACCGGAAAUUAAACCCAAAUGCGUCUCUCCUACAAUAUGUAGAUGACCUCCUUAUUGCAGCUGAGACUCGAGAAGCCUGUCUUGUGGGGAUGAAGAACCUCCUGCAGACGCUGGGGAACCUAGGGUACCGCACAUCCGCUAAGAAGGCCCAAAUCUGAAAACCUGAGGUAAUAUAUCUGGGGUACCUGCUAAAAGAAGGACAGAGAUGGCUCAAUGAUGCCCGGAAAGAGACUGUCCUCCGCAUUCCGCGACCCACCACGCCUGGACAGGUGAGAGAAUUCCUGGGGUCUGCAGGAUUCUGCCGCUUAUGGAUCCCAGGUUUUGCUGAAAUGGCCAAACCCCUUUACGCAGUCUCUAAAAACCAACCAUCAUUUGAAUGGUCUGCGGAAGCUGAGCAGGCAUUCCAACAGAUAAAGAGAGCCCUCCUAUCGGCCCCAGCUCUAGGACUGCCCGAUAUCUCUAAGCCUUUCCACUUAUAUGUGGACGAACAUAAAGGCAUAGCCAAGGCAGUGCUAACCCAGCAUCUAGGUCCAUGGCCCAGACUAGUGGCCUAUCUCUCAAAAAAACUGGACCCUGUAGCCGCAGGAUGGUCCCCUUGUCUCCGGAUAAUAGCGGCUACAGCCCUAAUGGUUAAAGACGCCGAUAAGCUAUCCCUGGGCCAAGAGUUACAUGUCACCACACCCCAUGCCAUCGAAGGAGUGCUCAAGCAGCCCCCCAAUAGGUGGAUGAGCAAUGCCCAGAUGGUCCACUAUCAGGGACUCCUGUUAAAUCCCUUGCGUAUCACAUACACCUCUCCCCGAACUCUAAACCCAGCCUCGCUGCUACCCGACCCUGACCUGGACUCCCCGCUCCAUGACUGUGCCAACAUCCUAGCGCAGAUCCAUGGAAUAAGGGAAGAUCUACAGGACCGGCCUUUACCUGAUGCUGAGGUCACCUGGUUCACGGACGGAACCAGUUUCGUCCAUCAAGGACAGAGGUAUGCGGGGGCAGCAGUGACAUCCGAGACUGAAGUAAUAUGGGCAGAGGCUCUGCCCCCAGGAACUUCUGCCCAAAGGGCAGAACUGAUUGCCUUGACACAAGCAUUAAAAAUGGGGCGGGACCGCAAAGUGACUGUAUAUACAGACAGCCGGUAUGCCUUUGCCACAGCCCAUAUACAUGGGGCAAUAUACCGUGAGAGGCGACUACUCACUGCUGAAGGCAAAGAUAUAAAAAAUAGAGAUGAAAUUCUGGCCCUAUUGGUCGCUAUUUGGGCCCCUAAGAAACUGGCCAUAGUACAUUUCCCGGGUCACCAAAAAAUAACUGAUCCAAUCUCUCGAGGAAAUAACCUAGCUGACCAAACUGCACUCCAGGUAGCGCAAAAACCCAUCCCAGUAUUACCUGCGCAGCUACCAGACCCAGGGCCCCGAGAUUUACCCCCACAGCCUGAAUACUCAGAAGAUGAUCUUAUCUGGAUGCACAGGCUCCCAAUGACCAGAGUUACAGAUGGAUGGUGGAGGGACUCCAGAGACCACCUUAUCCUUCCCGAAAAAUUGGGCCACGCAAUCCUGACAAAAAUACCACUCUACCACUUGGGGCCCCGAAGACUUCAAGAUCUCAUCAGACAAUCCAAACUGGUAUUAAGAAACAUCUCUGACCAGACAGAAAGGGUUGUGACAGCCUGUUCUGCAUGUCAACUCCAGAAUGCACACCCACAUGCUACAACCCAAGUCCACUGUAAAAGAGGAACCCUACCAGCCCACUGGGAAGUGGACUUCACCGAGGUAAAGCCCGGCAAAUACGGCUAUAAAUACUUACUAGUGUUCAUAGACACCUUUUCAGGAUGGACUGAAGCCUUCCCAACCAAGAAGGAAACGGCGCAGAUUAUAGCCAAAAAGAUCCUAGAAGAAAUCCUGCCCAGGUAUGGUUUUCCAGUAAUGAUAGGGUCAGACAAUGGACCUGCAUUCAUCUCUAAGGUAAGUCAGGGACUGGCUUCCUUACUUGGGGUAGAUUGGAAAUUACAUUGUGCCUACCGGCCCCAAAGCUCAGGACAAAUAGAAAGAAUGAAUAGAACAUUAAAAGAGACCCUUACUAAAUUGACUAUGGAGACUGGCGCUAAUUGGGUAGAACUACUCCCCUACGCUCUGUACAGGGUUCGCAAUUCCCCAUACAAAUUGGGCCUUACACCCUAUGAAAUCAUGUUUGGCAGACCCACACCUAUCAUACCUAACCUUAAGUCAAACCUCAUUCAAUUAGAUCAAGAUAACAGCCUUUUAUCUUCCUUCAGGGCCCUACAGCGAGUUCAUGAGGCCGUGUGGCCUAAACUAAGAGAACUGUAUGAGACGGGGCCCCCAUCCACACCUCAUCAGUACCGCCCGGGAGACUGGGUCCUGGUCAAGCGACACCGACAAGAAAACCUCGAACCCAGAUGGAAAGGACCUUACCAGAUCAUCCUGACAACUCCCACCGCCAUCAAGGUAGAUAACAUCCCUACCUGGAUUCACCACACCCACGUUAAACCUGCUGACCCGCUGUCCGACCUCGUGGGACACACUGACAAAAAAACUGCUUGGACUGUAGACCGGAGUAAGAACAACCCCCUCAAACUAACCUUGCGCCGUACUCUCCCUAAACAUGAUCAAGAUAAUGAUCAUUAUCCUGCUAGCCCUAAACUUCAAACCCCUGAAGGGGGUACUGAAUGCCCCCGUUGA